AUGCAGAUUUAAAGGAUUUGGCCUCUCACAAGGACAAAGUGGACUUCGACGAGAACUGAGUUGCGAUAAACUUUGACGAAGCUUUGACGUGAAGAAAAGAAAGGAAAGAAAGGUCGCACUACAUUUGAAAGAAAUGAAGUUCCCUUUGCUGAUUUCGUCCCUCUUUGUCCUCACCGUAAUUCCAAGGAUGGAUUCUAAGGCUGGGAAGUUGGUACCACUCAAUGAAGAGGGAAGUGACAACUUCUACAGUGUCUUACCACAGGAUGAGUUUAGACCUCCUAGUCCAUCAGGCAAACGUAGUGCCAACAUCAACUACAACACUGUGGACGAGCAAGAUGAGUUAAGUCUUCUCAUAAGCAAACGCAGUGCCAACAUCAACUUCAACACCGACGACGACUACGAUAGGGGUCCUCCCGGCCUUGGGAAACGCAGUGCCGGUAUCAACUUCAACACUGGCGACGACUACGGUAGGAUUCUUCCCCCAGGGAAACGCAGUGCCGACAUCAACUUCAACACCGGCGACGACUACGAUAGGGUUCCUCCCCCAAGGAAACGCAGUGCCGGUAUCAACUUCAACACCGGCGACGACUACGAUAGGGUUCGUCCACCCCCAGGGAAACGCAGUGCCGGUAUCAACUUCAACACCGGCGACGACUACGAUAGGAUUCUUCCCUCAGGGAAACGCAGUGCCGGUAUCAACUUCAACACCGGCGACGACUACGAUAGGGUUCAUUCACCCCUAGGGAAACGCAGUGCCGGUAUCAACUUUAAAACUGUGGAAGACUAAGAUUAGUUUUGGUCUCUUGUGCAGCUGGCGAGCGAAAGUAGGACGAUUUUACUAAAGAUUUGAACGAUUACCACACCAUCUCAAAGCGGGAGGAUUGUAUACUACUAUAGGGCAAAGUCAAGUUUUUAUAGGAUAGUUUUUACGUUUCUGGUGACCGCCGAAAGA